UGGCAAGGUCUGAAGACGUUUGGGGGUGCUCCUGGCAUCCAGUGGGUGGAGCCCAGGGAGGUGCUCAGCCUCCUACAGUGCGCAGGGCGGCCCCCACCGCAGAGAAUGAUCUGACCCAAAUGUCAGCAGUGCUGAGGCCAAGAGACCUGGGCGUGAAGAAGCCUGCUGUAAUUAAGAAAGUGUCCACAGUCCGAUAAUGCAGUUGGGCUAAGAGCACAUCAAGUUCAGCUGUCCUUGGGGCUGCCAGCCUUCUGGAGGGAAGGAUGGAGUCCCAGAGACGGGCAGGCAGCCACUCCACUGUGCCACCCCUAGGCCUCACUGCCAAGCCCCGAGGUUGGCCGCAUACACUGAAAUAGCUACCAGCCCUGCAGCUCAGAGGGGAACCUCUGAGUCUCUGCUGUCCCACCACCAGAAGAGGCCAGCACCCUAGGGUGCUUCUGAGAACUGCACCCACCUGCUUGAUUGAGGCGCGUCAAGGAUCGUGCUCUCAUAAGUAAUGAUCCAGCACAUCCCUUACCAGAGGGGUUCACACCAGAAAACCUGUUUCUCUGUAUCGUCCUGGAUUCUGUACCAACAUAUCUUCUGCAGAGGUUUGGAAGAGAGAAGAUAUUUUUCAUGCUGGUUUUCAAUUCCCGAUGUAAACGAGUGUGGAGUAAAACCCCGGCCAUGCCAACACCGAUGUGUGAAUACGCACGGGAGCUACAAGUGCUUUUGCCUCAGCGGCCACAUGCUCAUGCCGGAUGCCACAUGUGCGAACUCCAGGACAUGUGCCGUGACGAGCUGCCAAUACGCCUGCGAAGACACGGAGGAGGGGCCGCGCUGUCUGUGUCCGUCCUCGGGCUUGCGCCUGGCCCCCAGUGGAAGAGUCUGUAUAGACAUCGACGAAUGUGCCUCCGGUAAGGCUGUCUGCCCUUAUAAUCGAAGAUGUGUGAACACGUUCGGCAGCUACUACUGCAAAUGUCACGUUGGUUUCGAACUGAAAUAUGUCAGGGGCCGAUAUGACUGCAUAGAUAUAAAUGAAUGUGCCGUGAAUACCCAUAUGUGCAGCCUCCACGCCAAUUGCCUCAAUACCCAAGGAUCCUUCAAGUGUAAAUGCAAGCAGGGAUACAAAGGCAAUGGACUUCAGUGUUCUGUUAUCCCUGAAAAUUCUGUGAAGGAAGUCCUCAGAGCACGUGGUGUCAUCAAAGACAGAAUCAAGAAGUUGCUGGCUCACAAAAACAGCAUGAAAAAGAAGGUAAAAAUUAAAAAUGUCAUCACAGAACCUUCUGGAACUCCUGCCCCUAAGGUUAACUUGCGGCCCCUCAACUCUGAAGAGACUGUUUCCAGAGCUAGGAACUCUAAUGGAGGAAAGAAACAGAAUGAAGAGAGAAAGAAAGAGGGGCUUGAGGAAGAGAAAAAAAAUGAGAAAGCCCUGAAAAACCACGUGGAAUGGGAGCAAAGCCUUCGAGGAGAUGUGUUCUCCCCUAAGGUGAAUGAAGCAGGUGAAUUGGGUCUGGGUCUGGUCCACGGAAAACCUGUAACAUCCAGAUUUGAACACAAAGCAGAUUUAAAUAUCUCAGUUGACUGCAGCUUUGACCAUGGGGUCUGUGACUGGAAACAGGAUAUAGAGGAUGACUUUGACUGGAAUCCUGCUGACCGAGAUAAUGCUGUUGGCUACUACAUGGCAGUUCCGGCCCUGGUGGGCCGUAAGAAGGACAUCGGCCGGUUGAAACUCCUCCUCCCUGACCUGCAACCCCAAAGCAAUUUCUGUUUGCUCUUUGAUUACCGGCUGGCCGGAGACAAAAUAGGGAAGCUUCGAGUGUUUGUGAAAAACAGUAACGAUGCCCUGGCCUGGGAGGAGACCAGAAGUGAGGAUGAGAGGUGGAAGACUGGGAAAAUUCAGUUGCAUCAAGGGAUCGGCACUACCAAAAGUAUCAUUUUUGAAGCAGAACGCGGCAAGGGCAAAAGUGGAGAAAUUGCAGUGGACGGUGUCUUGCUGCUCUCGGGCUUGUGUCCAGAUGGCCUUUUAUCUGCGAAUGGCUGAAUGUUACUAUGGUCUUUUGUGUCUUUAUAUUUGGCUUCUUAUGUCAGUUCCCUAUUUUCUGAUAUUACAUCAUAGAUUGCCCCACUUUAGAAAUACAAACUGAAAAAUCGUAAUAUACCAACAGAAACAUUAUUGUAAGGUGCGUUUCUUGUAUAAGAUGUGCCAAUAUUUGCUUUCAAUAUAGUACCACUCAUUCAUUUCUGAAUUUAUAAAAUGUGGAAAUGUGGAAAAAGCUCAGCUUUCCACCACCACCCCCCGCCUCAGUGUAUUUGUGUAUCUGAUUUGUCUCUGUGAGUUGAUGAACCUUUAUAUAACAUUUUUAGAAUUAUAAAAAAACAAAUAACAAGAACAAAAACCCCACAGGGAAUUGUUUCUCUGUUUGACUUUUCUGGCACUUCUCGGAAACUGACAUCACAGGUAGAUUUUUAUCUAAGUGGCUUAGCCUGAUCUUUUAUAGCCAAGCUUGUAUAUUUAAAUUCUUUGUAAUAAUAUUCAAAUAAUCACCUUUGUCAUGGUUUAAGUUUUUCUAAGUAAGAAAAUGUGUUGUUAAUGCUCUGUUUCA